AUGAACUAUUUACCAAAUUCAUCAUUAACAUCAUAUUGUGCAUUUUGUCCUCAAAAUCAGACUGGUAGUUCCACAAUGUUAACCGGUAACGCUUCUGUACAAAUACCAACAAAUUAUCAUUAUAAUUGUCUAAUGAAUACUAAUUUAUAUACUACUGAUAAUGCUGCUAUUAAUAGUAAUCUAAAUAUACGUGUGACUGAUCAAGAUACCAGUUUUUUAACCAGUAGUAGUAGAAUCGAAACGUGA